AUGACUAACACUGUUGCCACUGAUACUAAUGCUGCCUGUGAUGCUGUCAAAGAAUUAUCUGCUGCGCAAUUUAUCUCAUCGGAUGUCGAUAUUUUUUUCAUCUUCUCAUCUUCGCUUUGUAUACAUGUGCUUAAAUGGCUAACAACAAAUAAUAAUAAUAUUUUUCUGAAUAAAAAUAUAGGAACGUUCCGAAAAAUUCCCAGAAAUGGAGAGAACUCAAGUGAUAUACACGCACAUACGGAGAAUAUUUAUGACGAGUUAUUAGCUGGUUUAGAAUACUUUAAAGCUGUAUUUGAAUAUUUUAUUGAUUUAUUAAUGGAUGAUGACGGGAUUCUGGGGAAAACUUGUAAGUAG